AUGCAGUUUGCCAUUGCACUGGCGACGCUUGUCGCCGCCGUGGGCGCCCUGCCGAGCAACAUGGUCAUCAAAGAGUCUGUGCACGCGCCCGAGCAAUGGGUGCGCAAGUCGACGGCGCCCGACGACGUGGUGCUCCCCCUCCGCAUCGGCCUCAAGCACAAGCGUGGCGAAGAGCUCGAGGAAAAGCUCCUCGACAUUGCUCACCCUGACUCUGCAUCGUAUGGACAGUGGCUGUCGCGCGAAGAGGUCAACUCUUAUCUCGAGCCCGAGGAAGGCGCCGCAGAUGCAGUUCGACGUUGGCUCGCCGAUCACGGCGUCCAGGAGGACCAUCAGAAGCGCUCCGUGGCCGGCGACUGGCUCCACGCCGCCAUGACGGUCAAGCAAGCCCGUGCCCUGCUGGGCGAUGCCGACUUUGCCGUCUGGGAGCACCGUGAGACGGGCCGGCAGCUCAUCCGAACGACCGAGUACGCGGUGCCGAGGUCUCUCAAUGGCCACAUUGAUCUCAUCAGCGGCACGACGUACUUUGGUCAGGGCCUGGACCGUCUCAAGGGCAUUGCCGAAGCCGAGUCGGAGCCUGCCGACGGCAGGGUGCGCAUCGCCAACGUCAACAGCGUCGACACUAAUGGUGUCCCCGCCGAGUGCCACGUCAACGCGACGACGAUCCUGUGCCUGCGAGAGUACUACAAGACGGUCGACUACAAGGUCAAGAAGGCACAGGGUCAGAGCGUCGCGAUCUCUGGCUUCCUCGAGCAGUACGCCAUCAAGUCUGACUUCAAGCAGUUCCUCUCUACCGAAAGGCCCGAUGCGGCAAAGGCCGGCUACGAUUUUAACAUUGUGUCCAUCGACGGCGGCAUCAACAACCAGUCCUUGCCCGGAAGCGAGGCCAACCUGGAUGUGCAGGCCUUUGGUGGCGUCGCUUACAACAUUCCCGUUACCUUCUACGACGUGGCCGGCCGCCCGCCGUUCAAGGCCGACAAAAACACGCCGACGAACACAAACGAGCCUUACAGCAGCGAGUUCGAGUACCUGCUCCAGAAGAAGAAGGUGCCCAGCAUCGUCAGCACCUCGUACGGCGACGACGAGCAGACUGUUCCCCUGGCCUACCAGAAGCGUGUCUGCCGCGAAAUUGCCGCCCUCGGCGCGCGUGGCACCACGAUGCUCUUUGCCUCGGGCGACUACGGCGUGGGCAACGAUGGCACCUGCUUCUCAAACGACGGCAAAAACACGCCAAAGUUCCUCCCUUCGUUCCCCGCCUCUUGCCCUUACUCCGUCACGGUGGGCGCCACGAUUGCCUUUAACCCCGAGCGAGCCGUCGACACCUUCUACAGCGGCGGUGGCUUCUCCGACGUGUGGCCCACGCCAAAGUACCAAAAGGACACCGUCGAUGCCUACGUCGCCUCGCUCGGCGACAAGUUCAAGGGCCUGUACAACCCCAAGGGACGCGCCUACCCCGACUUGGCGGCCCAGGGCUCUCGUUUCGUCAUUGUCAUUGGCGGUCGGUACUCUCUGAUCAGCGGCACGUCUGCCUCGACACCACUCGUCGCCGGCAUUCUGGCCCUGGUCAAUGACGAGCGACUGGCCAAGGGCAAGUCCACCCUCGGCUUCAUCAACCCAGCCCUGUACUCUGGAAAGGGCGAAAAGGGCCUCAAGGACAUUACCAUUGGAAGCGCAAAGGGCUGCAACACCACGGGCUUCCCCGCUCAGAAGGGCUGGGACCCCGUCACGGGCUUUGGCACGCCUGUCUUUGACAAGCUGUCCAGCGUCUUUGUGUAG